GUAAACAGUUGCUUCGAAUUUUUACCUUCUCAAUUUUCUAUCGAAACCUAAAAGGUUUUAGAAAACAUAAACCAUGAAGAUUCCUGCACCUUAUUUAUGGUUCUCUGCUGUUGGAGCAUUUGGUGGCGGGAUCAUACUGGUCAAAGAAUAUUUCAGUGGAACUAGAUAUGAAGGUAAAGAAAAAUUAGACGGAAAAACAGUGAUUAUUACUGGGGCUACUGAUGGAAUUGGAAAGGAAACAGCUAAAGAUCUAGCUAAAAGAGGAGCAAAAGUAUAUAUGGCCUCUCGUGAUAUGAAGAAGUGUGAAGAAAUUAGAAAAGAAUUUGUCCUUGAAAGUGGGAACAAAUUCAUCUAUUGCCGAAAAUGUGACCUAGCAUCACAGGAAUCAAUCAGACAGUUUGCUUCAAGAUUUAAUUCUGAGGAAUCAAAGUUGCAUAUCCUUAUUAACAAUGCCGGGGUAAUGCGUUGUCCUCGUAGUUUAACUCUCGAAGGUAUCGAGAUGCAGAUAGGGGUAAACCAUUUUGGUCAUUUUCUUCUUACCCAUCUGUUGCUUGAUAAACUUAAACAAUCCGCACCCAGUCGAAUCAUUAACGUUUCAAGCGUGGCCCAUUUAAGAGGAAAAAUAGAUUUUGAUGACCUCAACUCGGAAAAAAAGUACGAUCCUGCAGCAGCUUACGAACAGAGUAAGUUAGCCAAUGUUCUGUUCACGCGCGAACUAGCAAAACGCCUGGAAGGAACCGGUGUGACCGUAAACGCCUUACACCCAGGAAUUGUGAAUACAAAUAUUGCUCGUCACAUGGGUUUUGUCAACAGUUGGUUUGCAAGCAUCAUUCUUAAACCACUUUCCUGGCCUUUUAUUCGAACGCCCCCGAGAGGAGCGCAGACAACUCUAUACGCAGCACUUGAUCCCUCACUUGAAAAAGUAACUGGGAAAUAUUUCAGUAAUUGUGCAGAAGCUGAGGUUUCACCCCAAGCUCUGGAUGAUGACGUUGCUCGAAAACUCUUCCUUACUAGUUUACGAUGGACACGUCUAAAUUAGAAGAAAAUAAAAAUUGCAAGUUAACUGUCUUUAAAUUUGCAUUUUCCAAUUCGUUUAAACAAAAUAGAUAAUUUUAAACUUAA